AUGUCGACGACGUCGAAGCCCACAUCAAGCGAGGAUAUUGUCGGGAGAAAGUACGACCAGUGCCUGGCCGACCUGAUCCUCAAAACUGGAAUCGGAUUUGGCGCCGGCGUCGUUGCAUCCGUCAUUCUUUUCCGAAGACGAACAUGGCCAAUUGCCUUGACCACCGGUUUCGGUGCUGGUAUCGCAUAUGCUGACUGCGACCGCUCCUUCAACCCUGCCAGACUCUCCGGCUACCGCGUCAUUCCCCAGUCCGAAGCCCCACCCAGCAAGUAA